AUAGACCCCCAAGAUCUGUAAUUAUCUUAGGGAAACAGCGGGGGUUUAGACAGUUCUCUUUAAUUCCUUUGCCUUUUUUUUCCCUAUCUCUCUUUGGGGCUGGAGAGUUGGAGUGUGUGUGUGUGUGUGUGUGUGUUCCCCUAGAGUGCCAAAAAAAAAAGUGCUGAAGAGGAGUCUUAGGGAGAUGAGGCUAUUUUUGUUUGAAGCUGAUACUUCUGCUGAGCCACAAGUGCUGUUUGGAAAGGGCUCAGGUUGUUUCCAGGGGGAGAACUCUGCAGAGGAGAGACAAAGUUCAACAGGACAACAAAGGAGCAGCAGAAACAGCCAGGAAAACGAAGACGAAGAGCCCUCACGUUUUCUCACAGAACCAACAGUUCUCCAAUCCUAACUUAUUCUGCGAAGUGCCACUUAACUGGAACUUUUCACCUGCCUUUUCCUUCCUCCAUCCACCAUGACUGAGAUCACUGCUGAAGGCAAUGCAUCUACUACCACAACUGUGAUAGACAACAAGAAUGGAUCUGUGCCCAAGUCCCCUGGAAAAAUGCUGAAGAGGACAGUCACAGAAGACAUAGUGACAACCUUCAGCUCCCCAGCAGCCUGGCUUCUAGUCAUCGCUCUGAUAAUCACGUGGUCAGCUGUUGCUGUUGUGAUGUUUGAUUUAGUUGAUUACAAAAACUUUUCAGCAAGUUCUAUUUCCAAGAUUGGCUCAGAUCCUCUAAAAUUUGUACAUGAUGCUGUGGAGGAAACUACAGACUGGAUUUAUGGUUUCUUUUCUUUGUUAUCUGACAUUAUCUCAUCUGAGGGUGAUGAAGAAGAUGAUGAUGGUGACGAGGACGCUGAUAAAGGUGAAAUAGAGGAGCCUCCCUUGAAAAAAAAAGAUAUACAUAAAGGAAAGACAGAAAAACAGGAGAAACCUGAACGGAAAAUACAAACUAAAGUUACACACAGAGAAAAAGAAAAAGAAAAAGAAAAAGUAAAAGAAAAACCUGAAAAGAAAGCAGCUCAAAAGGAAAAAACCGAGAAAAAAGAAAAAUCAGACACAAAGACAAUAGCAAAAGAAGAGAAGAAAGUGAAGACUAAGGAAAAGACUGAAGAGAAGACUAAAAAGGAAGUGAAAGGUGGAAAACAAGAGAAAGUGAAGCAAACAGCUGCAAAAGCAAAAGAAGUACAGAAAUCACCUAAAUCCAAAGAAAAGGAAGAGAAAGACACUGCAGGUGUAUCUAAGCUUGACCAGAAAGAUCAGUAUGCGUUCUGUCGAUAUAUGAUUGACAUGUUUGUCCAUGGGGAUUUAAAACCAGGACAAAGUCCAGCCAUACCACCUCCAGUAUCAACAGAAAAAGCUUUCAGAACCACUCCAGCGUCACAUAAGCUUGAAGAAAAAGAAGGGGAAAAGAAGAAAGCUGAGAAGAAAGUGACUUCUGAAACAAAAAAGAAAGAAAAAGAAGAUGUCAAAAAGAAAACUGAGAAGGAAACUGCUACUGAUGUGAAAAAAAAAGAUCCAGGGAAAGCUCCUGAAACCAAAGAAGGGGCGAUGAAAGUUACAACAAAAGCAACAGCUAAAAAAGAUGAAAAGAAGGAAGAUUCAAAGAAAGCAAAAACCCCUGCUGCAGAAGCAGAACAACCCAAGGGAAAAAAACCAGAAAAGAAAGAAAAACAGGUGGAAACAGCAAAAUCACCAAAGAGGGAGCAUUCAGCUCCAAGUGACAAACAAGUAAAAGCAAAAACUGAAAGAGCCAAAGAAGAAAUUGGUGCUGCCUCAACUAAAAAAGCUGUACCUGGGAAGAAAGAAGAGAAAACCAAGACAGUGGAGCAAGAAAUUAGAAAAGAGAAAUCUGAGAAGACUUCUUCAGGACUGAAGGAUAAAGAGUCUAUCAAGGGGAAAGAAGUAAAGGUUCCAGUUUCCUUAAAGGAAAAAGAACUUGAGACUAAAAAAGACGAAAAGACUUCCAAAGCAGGCAAAGAAGUCAAGACUAAAACUCCACAGUCACAAGUAAAAAAAGAAGAGAAACCAGAGCCACAAGGUAAAAAGGAAGCAAAACCAGUUUCUUCGGAUAAAGCUCUAAUACACAAAGAAAAUGUGGUCAAGCAGGUAAAAGCUACCACAACAGAAAAAACAGAAAAAGCUGAACAUCAAGAAAAAGAAUCUCCAUCUAUAAAAACAGACAAACCAAAACCAACUUCAAAGGAAACAUCAGAAGUCACAGAAUCAGGGAAAAAGAAAAUUGAUAAAUCUGAAAAGGAAAGCAAAGAAAAAACCGAAACGAAGCAUCCUAAAGAAGUAAAAGGAGAAGAUUUUGAAGGUGUACCAGCAUCAAUGAAAGCUAAAGAAGUUGCUGAAGAUGUAUCUUCCACAAAGAAGCAAAAAAACCCCAUCAGCUUCUUCCAAUGUGUCUACUUGGAUGGCUACAACGGCUAUGGAUUUCAGUUCCCUGUCAGUCCUGCCCAGCGCCCUGGAGAGACCUCUGGCCAACAUGGUUCUCCCACUGAAAAGCAACAAGGACAAUAGACGCACACAUGGCCCUGAUGAAUCCUUUAAGACUAUGAAAAUAGGCCAUGAAAAUCAUGUAUUUCAGGAAAUUUCUUUGAAAUUAUUUUCUCUCCUGCCUGGUAUAGCAAGAAAAGGUGGGCAGAGGGAUGGAAUGAUAAACAGACAUGUGGAAGGGUCUGGUGCUCAAGGACCUGUUCCUCAUGUUUGUUGGGCAUGGCUGCUUACAUUUCCCUAUUUCCACUCACUAUAGGGUCGUGAACAAAUUGAAGUUUGCUCCAUAAUGGUCUUUUAAAUGUAAUUGACAGAAAUUCCAAAAUGAAUUCCUGGCUUCAGUUGCAUAUUUAUUUUUAAAUAAAAACACAGAUGAUGCUUUCAGCUUAAAGGAUAGAGGAGUUUAUGUAAAAGCUACUCUUCUGCAUCGUGUGGCUAUCUAAAUUCCAUCUAACCACUGAGUCAAUGCUUAAUAGUUUAAUUCUACUUAUGUCUAUUUCUAUCUGAAUUAUGACUAUGCUCUAAGAAUGGGCAACAACCACACCAAAGAAUGCUUUAUGUUCCUUGUAAUCCUCCUAGAGUCCAAAAUAUCUCUGGACUUUAGACAGUACAACAUGGAAUAGAAAUGUUUGAUUGAUCUUAUCUCUAAGAUCUGUCUUGAAUUACAAUGAGGACAUUCACUCUAGUGGAAACACACCAUCCAAUUAGACAUGUUUGGUGAAUCAUUUGUUUGAUUAUAAGCAAAUGAGAUGUAGAAUAUUCAGAUUUCUCCAGACUCUGACAUAAUGAAAAUGUCACCUGGGUGAAAUUUUAGAUCAGUCACUAAAUUUGGGUGGCAGAUGCAAAAAUAUUUUCCUAUCUUAUUAAGAGAAUUGUUCCUUGAAGUUAAAUAUAUUUUUGUCUUAUAAGGGUAAAAUAUGAAUGCUAUCAAAGUUAAAGACAUUUUGACCAUACGUGCUUCAUGAGAUGUCUUACUUGUGUUUUUGGUAAUUGGUUAUCAGUACCAAUGAAAAGAAUAUUUUUUAACUUACUUAAUGAUGCAUCACUGGGAAUGACUGUUAUGGUUUUUUCCUCCUUGAGUCUCUGAGUGAUGUAAACAUUUGUGUUCUUUACUGCAUUUUUAUCAAGUCUCAAAGUCAUGCCACUGUGACUUUUAUCAUGUUUACAGUUGCAACUCAACUUAUGACAGAUUAACUCAGGAAAUAAAUUGAAUUAUCCUUUCUGGCAUUAUAAUUAUCUUCAGCACUGUCUGACAGCCAGAGUCCAUAUUAACCAAGUUAUUUAUUUCCAAGGACUGCAACUAAGUUCAUUAGGUCCAAAAUAUAGAAGAUUGUUUUACUAAAAAUAAAAAAUCACAAGACUAGAACAAUAGUAAUGUUCAUUUUUAAUCAUGAAUUUUCAGUGACUUGUUAAAGAAGUUGGCCUUGGCCAAAUGCUGACAGACCUAACUGACAUACAAAAGCCGACAAUACAAUGAACCAAAAUUAAUGAUACUCCUUGUGGGGGGUGGGGGCUGAGAAGGGUGUAGCUGACCAGAUGAUGUUAUCUUCUGAAGCCCCUCCAAGUGACAAUGGAAACUUGUGGGCAGCAAAGUGAAUAAAAUUUAUUUCACGACUGCCCCUCCAGCAUGUACAAUUUAAUCAAUGAAGGAAUAAAGAGAAAAUAUGAUUGUUUUUACAUUUCAUAGAACAGAAUGGUUUAUCCAUUAAUUCCUUCAUUGAAUGAUUACUUAUUAAGAACUUACUCUUUCUAGGGCCUGGUGUUUGGCACUGGACUGUAGAAGGAAAAUAUCAAAGGUAAACUCUAUUCCCAGUCUCAUUUCAACAUAAUGUGUGGCUGUGGAAAAUUUCUAAAAACACUAUGCUCUUUCCCCACGUAUCACUAGGGAUUUCAAGACAAACAACUUAAUAAUUCACGGAGGUACUAUGGGGACUGACAAGAUACCUUAAUGUGAAUAUCACAUUGAAAUAAAUUUCUGAAAUAAUACUUUUGGACAUGGCACUAAUUUUCCCUCUGAGUGCUUUUCUAUAUUAUAAUGUUCUUUCUUUCACUCUCAUUAUGAAAACUAAUAAAAAGUAAAACAUGAUAAUUUAUUGUAAUUAGAAUUUAGACAAACCAAUUAUAGUGUAAACAACAUUAAUAAGAAUUAUGACGAUUUAUCUGCUUAGAGUUACAAUAAUGAUAGUACUUUAAAAAUAUUAGCUAAACUCAUCUGUCUGUAUGUUUCAUCAAAUAAAGUAUUCCUCGUCCUUUCAAGUUUGUGCUUUACAUUGUAGAAAGAAAAGAUAAUUGGUUGGGUAAAAUCUUUGUUUUUAAUAGUUCACUCAUAACUCAAGUCAUAUUCAUCAUGAAUAUGCAAACAUUUAAUAAUUAACUCUCCAUUUAGUCCAAUUGGUAGAACUACCCAUCCUAACCCUCUACUCUCCCCUAUCCUUCAUUUUUUUCUUACUAGAUAAUGGUCCAUAGAAAAUAAAUGAUUUUACCUGAGGUUUAGACUUAUGUUUAGUUUUUAUAAAGUCAGAUAAAUCACUGUUCGAAUGGGAUAGGUCUUUUUCAGGCAAUUUCCAUGAAUAAUACCUGUUUAUUGAUUCAUUCUGGUAUAUUCCUAUCAAUCUCUUCCAAGAAAUACUUUGGAAACUACAUCUAUGUGUUUGGGGAUUCGGGUUAUUUACUUGAGGUUUUUUGCUGGGAAAAAAAGUGAAGAGAUAACAGAUAUUAUUAUAGAUGGAAAACUCAGAGACCAGCUAUCCCAACUAGCAUGCACAGAAAAUGAAUUUAUUUUCUACAGAAAUGCAUAAAUUUGCCUAAAGUCACUAAGUGUAUCAAAACCAGGCCUAGAAUCAUGGCAAUAUAGCAAAUGCCCUUGACUACCUCCUCAGGGUGUCAUUACAAACCUUGAUUAAUUUAGCCUGCAUCUCAAAAUUCAUUUUUUUUAAUUAACUCUAUAUGGAAAGCUUUGUUGUUGUUGUUUUUUCCUACAGGAGGUGUGAUUAUGACCUUAAAAGUAAGUCAUAAUCAUUUGCUUUAGAAAUAAAGGAAAUAAAUUUUAAGAGUUUAGGUCACAGGCUAGUUUGUAACAGUACUAGACUGGGAAUUCAAAUCUUCUCUUUCUAAUGCAGUGCCCAGCACCUACCUGAUGUGACUCCAUCUGAUGUUUUCACCAUCAUCAGCUUCCCUUUGUAAGCUGUAAUUCAUUAAGACUUGGAAAUUCAGCACAGUCCUUCAGGAGCUAGCUUCCUAAUGACACUUACUGCUCUGCUCCUUUGAGGACUGCAAUACUGGUGUCUUGUAACUAUCCCCCAUUACUCAUAUAUAUCCAUGCAACACUUAAUAUUCUUGUAUAUAUGCUUUCCUUUGUUAUAAAACUAAAUGGCUUUAUUUUCCUUUUUAUUUAAUUGAAAUAUCCUAAACAUUUGUCCCAAAUAAGAAAAAAGCAAAACAAUUUUCUUUAAAUUAAUCACAACUCAUUCAAAGACAAGGGUUAACGAAGUAAAUUCUAAAACACUUGCAGACUUUAAAGGAAAGAUCAGAGUCAACGAUGAAACUGAUUAAUUUGUUACCAUUUGAAUCAACAAAUUCAGUGAGAAACAUAUCAUUGAAAAGUAGUAAUAGCAAAGAAGGAAAUUCUGUUUCCUGCAAAGUAGUGUUCUAUCCGGACCACAUCUCUUCACAAGAUAGUCAAUUUCCAAGUCAAUGCCCCAUAUUAAACUGUUCACAAAAACUAACAGCUUACAUUGAGUCAGUAGUGAGUGCUAUUUUAUUUUUUUCCUCACCACAUUCAAAGCUCUCUUAAAAGGCUUAAUAGGAGGUCAAGAGUAUACCUCGAUGGCACUAAGCAGAGUUGCCCAGCCAGAUAUGUUUUCAGAACAAGUAUGUGGUGAAGAGCCCAAUGAUCUAGGGGUCCUCAAAUCCCAAAUCAUGCUCUCUUUCUAGGAGUAACCCUGAUCUUUUAUCUCUUCUGUCCCACAUUUCUUCCUCUCUAAAUGAAAAUAAAACUUCCUGCAGCACAGAGAGCUUGCCUUUCUUUGGGAAAACAAUUUGUAAAGUGAAAUUAUUGUUAAGACCUUUCAAGUUCCCUUCUGCUUCUGUUAUUUCAUGGUCAAGAUAUGCUCUGCACUCAAGACCUAGUGUUACUAAACGGCAUGAGCCAAAGCAGCAAAUGGAAGUCAGACCUGCAUGAGCCAAGCACAAAAAUGGGAACAUUGCCUCUAGCAAAAACAAUUUUGCUUUUAAAAAAAAGUCGCUGCUUUUUGUCAUUUUCAUGCAGUUGCUAUAAAUCAAUGACAGCAGAAUAUCCAUCAAACCACUGAAUCAGAACAUACAGGGCUGUAAGAUGUCUGUGGAAAAGUGCUACUCUGAAUGGAUGGCAGAGAUGGAAGGAACAUGAAGUGACAUACCCCAAGAUGCUGCUGAAGAGUUGAACAUUCAUUAAAAUGUAGGGAGGCAUUUCAGCAAUGUAAAUUAGUGAAAGCAGUGUCAAAACAAAUACUAACAACCCAAAACAUUUAGUGUAAAUCUUUGCUUAUGGAAGUUGCACACCUCCCUGCCACCUUCUCUCAUGCAGAACUCAAUAACAAAUCAUUUCUACAUUUCUGAAUACCCUAUGCCAUCACAAACAAAAUUGGGAUGGUCUGAAUGGGAGGUGCAGUCAAUGUAACAAAGAGCUAUUUUCAUCUAUGGAACCUUUAUGUAUAAAAGAUAUUUUUAAAAUUGGGAAUUUAUUAACCUUGUUCAAAGUCAGAAUGGUAUUAAAGGUAUAUGUGGAUUGUGUCAUUUCACCCUAUCAUUGUUGCUCAGUUCCCUACUUCCUGACAUUAAUUACAAGAAUUAUAUGUAUUUAUCAUAUGUAAAUGUAAAAAGAAACAAAUGUAUAGUCUCGUUUUCUUAAUUUUUUUUUGACACAAAUAUUAUGUACUACAAACAUCUUCCUGUACCUGUCUUUCUUCACUUUUCAAGGUAUCCCUCAUUAUUUGUUAUACCAGGUCAGGGGAAUUUGCCUAUUGAAUUAGCAGAUACAGUAGAUAGAUAGAUCUCUGCACACAUCUCAAGUGUAGAAUUAAAUGCAUCUAUGAAACUAACACUUAAAUCAAGAUAAAGAGCAUUGAUAAAGAGUAUUAACAACUUUCCCAGAAGCCUCAUUCAUGUUUCACCCCAACAGUACCCACUGGAUAACUAUUAUUCAAUGUUUAUCACCAAAGAAUUGUUUUGACUGCUCUGAUAUUCAUAUAAAUGAAUUCAUGAAUGGUUUAUUUUUGUACCCAGUUUCCAUUCUGUGUAAUUAACACUACACAUGUGAGUGUUAUUUUGUUGCAUAUAGAAGUAGUUUGUUUUCAUGGUCUUAUAAUAUUCAUGUACAUGUAUACAACAAAGAAUUUCCUUACAUAUUCCACUGUGGGUGGAAAUUUGGACUAUCUCCGAUUUUGUCUAUUAAAAGAA